GGACGUGUUAGACGAAGUAUAUCUUCCAUCGCGACGAGUCUUCGAGAUCAGACGAAAAGACUGCGCGAUCAAGGCUGUGAUCGAGGAUGCCAGCGAGCGUGCCGAUCGUUUCAUCGUUAUUACCGUUAGUGUUAGUGUCGAUCCUGUCGACGACGCACGGACAAGAUGUCGGAGAGUCAUGCGUGAUCAAUAAUUCUGCGGGUGUGUGCAAAAUUGUAGAUGAUUGCCCGCCAGUUUAUCAAGAAUUGUUAGCUGGUAGAAUGCCCAGUAAGACAUGCGGAUUUUUAGGUUUUGAUCCGAUAGUGUGUUGCCCAACAACAAAUUCUCAGGUCACCAAGCCAACACCGGCGUCACCAGAACCUACAAAACGAAGAAAUACAUCGCGGCCUUUAACAUUGGAAUCAAGAGGAUCCGUAGCACGAGCAAGAUGCGCGGAAAAUGCAAAAGCCGUGUAUGGUUUAGUACUACCACCGACGCCGACAUUAAACCGAAAGCCCGUCAACACAUCGCUAUGCGUUUUGGAUGGGCGCAAACUGAUAGUCGGUGGCAAAAAAGCUGAUGCAAAAGAAUUUCCGCAUAUGACGGCCGUAGGUUUCGGUCCUUACAAUAAUAUCCAAUGGCUUUGCGGCGGUAGCUUAAUUUCCGCCAGGAUUGUCUUGACAGCAGCGCACUGCACUUGGACAUCGGACUGGGGAAGUGCAAACUGGGUACGUGUUGGCGAUUUGAAUCUCGUUCAGACGAAUGACAAUGCGAUGCCGCAGACUAUCGCAGUCGAGGAAAGGAUAAGACAUCCUGAUUAUAAACGCCCGUCGCAAUAUCACGACAUAGCUAUACUACGAUUAGAGGAAGACGCUACCUUCAAUGCAUAUGUCAGACCGGCGUGUCUUCCGGUAGAUUGGCCUGACGUGGGUCGGAAUGACAAGGCAAUCGCCACAGGAUGGGGUCUAGUCGAUUGGACUGAAGACACAGGUUCAGACAAUCUAUUAAAAGUGACGCUCAAAUUGGUCUCCCAUGCGUCUUGCAACGCGAGUUUCUUUGACGGCGGCAACUCCGUGGAGCUCCCAUUUGGAAUCGACAACGACUGGCAAAUAUGCGCGGGAGAAGUCGGGAAAGAUACAUGUCAGGGUGAUAGCGGAGGACCACUCUCCGUUUUUAACACGGACCAUUAUUGUAUGUACAACGUGAUUGGAGUCACUAGUCUCGGACGACUCUGCGGCAGCAUCAUACCUGGCGUCUAUACUCGAGUGUACCAUUACAUUCCCUGGAUAGAAAGAACCGCGUGGCCGGAAGACUUUCUGAUCAAAGAUGCCAGUAAGUGUGCCAGUGAGCGUACGGAUUAUGUCAUUGGUUUUUUUGUUAGUGUUAUUAUUGAUCCUAUUAGUGGCGCGCGAACACAUGCAGAAAGUUGCGGAAUGGGCUUUAAACGUUUGUCUGUUGUGCGCCUAUCCUACUUCUUCCACAAAGUCACGAAUCAACUGAUUUAUCGCGAGGUGCAUUACGAGAUAACCUUAUGGUUCAUCAUCUCUACAGUAGAAGGAAUGAAUGAACUGGGUGGGGACCGGAAAAACCUGAAACGUAUGGAAAGGACGGGAUCGAGGAUGCCAGCGAGCGUGCCGAUCGUGUCAUCGUUGUUAUUGUUAGUGUUGGUAUCGAUCCUAUCAGUGACGCGCGAACAGAAUGUCGGAGAGUCAUGUGUAAGCAACAAUUCUACGGGCGUGUGCAGACUUUUAGAUGAUUGCCCGCAAGUUUAUCAGGAAUUGUUAGCUGGUAAAACGUUCAGACAGAUCUGCGGAUAUUUUGGUUUUGAUCCGAUAAUGUGUUGCCCAACAACAAAUACACCGGCGGUCACUACACCGGCGCCACAACCAAAACCUACAACUCGAACGAAUACAUCGAGUUCAAGGGGAUCUGUAGCACGAGCAAGAUGCGCGGAAAAUGCAAAAGCCGUGUAUGGUUUAGUACUACCACCGACGCCGACAUUAGAUCGAAAGCCCAUCAACGUAUCGCUAUGUGCCUUGACAACGCGCAAACUGAUAAUCGGUGGCAGGACAGCCGAUCUGAAAGAAUUUCCGCAUAUGGCGGCCGUUGGUUUUGGCGAUCGCAAUAAUAUCGAAUGGCGAUGCGGCGGUAGUCUAAUUUCCGCCAGGAUUGUCCUGACAGGAGCGUCCUGCGCUGGACCAUCGCAAUUAGGAAAUGCAACCUGGGUACGUCUUGGCGAUGUGAAUCUCGUUCAGACGAAUGACUACGCGAUAUCGCAGACUAUUGCAAUCAAGGAAAAGAUAAUACAUCCUGACUAUAAACGCCCGCUGCAAUAUCAUAACAUAGCUCUACUGCGUCUGGAGGAGGACGCUACCUACAAUGCGUAUGUCAGACCUGCGUGUCUUCCGGUAGAUUGGCCUGACGUAGGACAGAAUGACGUGGCAGUCGCCACUGGAUGGGGUAAAACCGACUGGGCUGAGGACGAAGGUUCAGACAGACUAUUAAAAGUAUCGCUCAAAUUGGUUCCCCAUGUAUCUUGCAACGCGAGUUACUUCGAAGACAACUCCACGCAACUCCCAUUAGGGAUCGUCGAUAACUGGCAAAUAUGCGCGGGAGAAACCGGGAAAGAUACAUGUCAGGGUGAUAGCGGAGGACCACUCACCGUCUUUAACACGGACCAUGAAUGUAUGUACAACGUGAUUGGGAUCACCAGUUUCGGACGACUCUGCGGCAGCAUACCUGGCGUCUAUACUCGAGUGUACCAUUACAUUCCCUGGAUAGAAAGAACCGCGUGGCCGGAAGACUUUUAAUAUAUCGUUUAAUUUAAAUUAUGAAUCUGGAAACGGUUUCUUGUAUAGCUACUGAAAUAGAACAUUGCAUUUGUGACAAA